AUGGUUGGAACCCUCAAGGUGACAUCGCAUCUUCAGGCAACUCCGUUGUGCUCCAUUGGGAAUGGUACUAUCAGUGGGGAACAGGAUGCAGGUGAGAAGACCGAUGUGGACGUUGGAAGUCCAAAGACAGGGACGACCAUCACGGAACUGAUCCGCUCUCCAGGCCCGGGCGAGCAACUCUACUGGGUCACCAGGAACGCCGGGCAGAUGUUUAGCAGCAACGAAUGGGGAGCCCUAAACCUGCGCAACGAUAGCACGGGCCGGUCUCCUCAGCUGCGUCCCGACGAUCUUCACCUUCGUAGGGAAGGUGGUAUAGCUUCAAUCCUUCAGACAUCUUUUGACUGCGGCGAACGACAUUUAGUCCCAGUUUGGUGCUAA